CAGUUGUUGGAUGAAUACCAUUCAUAUACUUGAAAUACCUGCUGCUUAUCAGAGCAGUGCAAGGACUGUAUUGUAAGAAAACUUGUUUGACUUGUCAAGUUUUCUGAUUUAGUUAAAAAAAAGGCAGCAGACCUAGAGUCCUGUUUUAGGUAGUUACUGAAACGCAUAAACCUUUGUUGGUUUAAACACACCCCUUUCUUGUUAUGAUAUUAUUGGUUAGUAAAGUUGUCAGACCUGAUAAACAGCCAGUUCUGGUAUUUGAAUUUUAGAAACACUCCAGCGCAUUAAAUUCCAUCCAGCUCUUACUGGCUUUCAAAUAGUUGGCAGAGGAUAAGGCAUAGCUUUUGGAAGAAAAAAAUACAUUGUGCAACAUUUUCUCUGCAGUGGAACACUGCACAAACAAAAGGCUGCACACCUCAUACCUGUUCCAGAGCAAUUGAAUUCAGACCUGACAGGACAAUAUGGAAGGUGGUGCUUUGCAAAUAGCUGGAUUGGUUUUGGGGGGCAUUGGAGUUAUUGGGACAUGUGCUGUUACAGGCAUGCCUCAAUGGAGAGUUACUGCAUUUAUUGAAAACAACAUUGUUGUGUUUGAAACCCUCUGGGAAGGUCUAUGGAUGAACUGCAUCAGGCAAGCAAACAUCAGAAUGCAAUGCAAAAUCUACGAUUCCCUCUUAGCCCUCACACCUGACCUGCAGGCUGGCAGAGCGUUAAUGUGCAUCUCGGUCCUUCUUUCCUUUAUUGCUUUCAUGACAGCCGUCAUUGGCAUGAAGUGUACAAACUGUGCUGGAGACAAUGAGAAGACCAAAGGAAUUAUACUCUUGAUGUCAGGAAUCACCUUCAUCUUGUCUGGUAUCAUAGUGCUGAUUCCAGUAUCUUGGACAGCGAAUCAGAUAAUCAGAGACUUUUACAAUCCUAUUGUGAAUGCAGCUCAAAAACGGGAGCUUGGUGAAGCCCUUUAUAUAGGUUGGGCAACGGCCCUUUUUCUUGUGGCAGGAGGAAUUAUUUUGUGCUGUUUUUGCCACAAGGCUGAAAAAAAGUACAAAUACUCUCUGCCUAACAAAUCAGCGUCAAAUGUCCCCCGCACAGCAACAAGGAAAACGUCAAGUCUGUACUCCAAAAGUCAAUAUGUGUAGCAUGGGAAUCUUCCCACAAAACUUUCUUACAAUGUGCAGUAAGUCCAUUCUUUGGACUGAACGUGGUUUAUAACAUUUUAUUUGGAUCAAUAACAUUCAUCACAUGACUUCUGCUUGUUUGAUCCCCUUUUGAAACUUGGUUGGUUAUACCGAAGUGAACAAUAUUUGUACUUAGUGGAAGAAUGUGAAAACAGUUAUAUGCUGACAGUUAUCAAACGAAAGUCAAGCUUUAUAAUCCACAGGAAGAAACAGAUGAAAUAGCACUUUUUAUAUAAAGAUUAUCUUGCAUGCGGAAGGAUAACAAAGAUUUAUGAAGGAAUACACAUAUUUGCAAAGGAUAUUUCAUUUCCAAUAAAAUCAAUGUACAUUGAAGGUAACAAAAAAAGAAAAAUCCUGGAUGUAUAUAUGGAUAUAUCACAUUUGAUAAAUAAUGUAAUGCUAUAUUGGGUAAUGAUUACAACAAUUCUAUUUAAUCCACAUAAUUUAAUGCUUAUGAUGUACACACUUUGAUAUACAGGACGUGAUGCGUCAAUCAGACUUUUUAAUAUCAAUUGGGUAUGGUUAAUGUUAAAGCGAAAUGUUUUUUCUGAGUAUUGCAGAUAAGCAUAAUGGGAUAUCCUGCAAUUCCCCGACCCCCCCCCCCUUCCAUUUUGUUAUAACCUGCAACCCACUACUAUGUUAAUACCCUUGUAUGUGCAUAUAAAAAUAUUUGUACCCUAAAUUGGUAAAUGUAGUGUGCUUUGUCAUGUGACUGUUAUAUGCACUUUUAAAUGUUCCUUAAAUUCUUAAAAUCCUUUAUCAAAAUAUAAAAA